AUGGCUUGUUUUCCCAGACUUGGUUGGGGAGCCGUUCUGGCGGCGGUGCUGAUUGCAUGCGGCAUCUCUAUUGCCCAUGCGCAGAGCACCAUUGCGAGAUAUGGGGCCUCGGAUGAGGCAGACAUCCUCAAGGUGCUCCAGGUGAAUGUGCUGCAUCGCCAUGGUGCCCGUUCCGGCCUGCCACGUGAAAACACGACGGAGAUUUGCACCGAGUCUCCGUGUGGGUACCUCUCGUGGGCGGGUUUUGAGAUGUUGCUCAAGGUUGGUGGCUUUCUGCGCACCCGCUACAACACUGAUCCAUCCGUGGUGAGCUCGCCGAUGUUCGAGUCGCCAAACUACGACCUGGAUGUGUCUUACAGUCGCUCCACCGACGUUCUGCGUACCCUGCAAAGUGCGGAGGCCUUCCUGCGUGGCUUCUUCCCCAACAUGAGCAGCCUCUAUGCUGCUAUCCACACCGUGCCGGAGCCGAUCGAUGUGCUGCUGAACAGCAACACGCAGCCGUGGCUCAAGUUCUUCUAUUCCAACAACAAGGCACUGCUACGCACCGUGUGCAACCCGCUGACGGAUGAGCUUUUUCCCGACUGGACAGAGAUCACGAAGAUUGGCGCAGAGAUCUACCAGGAGGGCUACUGCAGCGACUACGAGACUCGCUCCGACUGCGUGCGCACACUUUUUGAUAUUGCUGCCGCGAAGAAGGCCAUUGGUGAGCUAUCCCAGUACCCGCUGCUGGAGGCCAACUUCGAGAAGCUGAAGCGCGUCACGACUGUCCUGUUCGACUACGAGUACCACUAUAACCACAGCGACCCGCUCAUGUUCAAGCAGGGCGGCCGCGGACAGCCGUUCGUUCAGCAGAUGGUGACGAACAUGGAGGGAGUGAUUGAGGGCUCGAACGCGUACAAGUUGAUGCACUACAGCGCUCACGACACCUCGCUUGGCCCAGUGUGGGGUACGCUCGGUGACCGCACUCCGGAUGGUAUGAUGCCGCCUUUUGCCCAGGUGCUCGUGGCGGAGCUGCUACAGAACAAGUCGACCGGGGCGCACUACGUUCGCAUCCUGCGUGGCAACCCUGGUCAGAGCCCUGACACAAAGUUCGAUUUUGGGUGGGACUCGAAGUGGCAGAUGCAGUGCAUCGACGCCCUCGGCAUCGCCUACAAGGCGGAGGGGAACAUUUGCCCGUUCGCUGACUUCAAGCGGUUCGUGAAGUGGUCAGAGCCGGCGGACGCGCGCGGCUACUGCUACCUUGAUCAGGUCUCCAUCGACAUCGCCGACUGCCCCUCUGAGCCGGUCGCCUACGGCACCCCUCCUACAGCCCUGGUCCCCAGCACGUGCCAGUUCUACCGCUCUGCGUGCCCGCAGUUUGCGUGCGGGAUGGGCGAAACCCUCAACAGCGUGAGCAUGCAGUGCGUCUGCUCCAAGGAAAGUUGCCUGAGAGGCAACACCAGCGAGGAAAGUAGUGGUGAUGCCGCUGUGGACGCCGACAAGAAGCCUACGCUGCGUGACCCUAGCGGCCUCAGUGGCAGCGCUGUUGCGGGCGUGUCACUGGCAACCUUCUGCGCUGGCGCCAUCAUCGCUGUGGCAGCCACAGCCGCAAUAUGCAUGUGCGCAAGGCGCCGCCAGCGUCAGCAGUACGUGCGCAUGCACGCGACGAUGGGGGAGGGAAACCAGCUCAAUAAUGAGAGGGAGGGGGCGGCGAAUGACUCCAAGGAGGGCAUCUAA